AUGAUGAAGGCAUUCGUUGGUCUCGUAUUGCUCUCCCUCCUCUCCUUGGGGUUGGCCACUCCAACGAUCAGCGCUCGUGGAGCCUGUGCUACCAAAUCGGUCACUUACAUGCGACAAAUCUUCGAGGUCCAACCAGACACGCUUGGAAAUCAAGACAUGAUGUACUCGGACCGUGUAGGAGGUGGUGGAUAUGGUGUCUUCCAAACACAAGUCAACCAAACCUGGAUUAGUAAGGCUACCAGAUCAAAACCUAUUCCAGAGCAACACUAAUAUCUCUAGACGGCGAGGUUCAUCUUCAUAGUCCUAUGCCUGCUAUCAUCAAUUUCCAAAUCCCAGCUGGUGCUGUGAGUAACUCUUUCAUUCGUCCUUUCUUCUCGCUAGUCUAACAUUAUUCCAAGACUCGUUGUCAACUUGCUCUCUCCGACUCCAUGGGUACUCGAGAUUUCCAAACCCCCUUUUUCCAACAACCACCAACCAUGAAUAUCGUAUCUCUUCACCCAAACUCUCUGCAUCAAGACAAUUGGACAUACAACGCAGUAUACAAUACCCCAAACGUUAUCAAGAAUCCCAACUUCGUCAACAAGUUUGAUCUCGCUGCUUGGGAAGGUGAACUGUCUGUUUGGGAUUUCCAGUGCCCAGCUCCCAUUGGCGACCAUGGCGAUGCCUUCUUCGUGGUGGAGCUGAAUAGACAGAGUUCAGGUGGCGAUGGCAUCUGGGGAUUCAAGACUUGGCAGGUGCUUGAGACGGUUCCAGGGCAGCUUACGCCUAAUGACGAGAAAUAUGAUGUCUAUAAUGGAUUUCAUAUUCUUAUCGACUGUUAA